AUGGAUACAAUACCAUUAACUGCUCGUUUAAAAGAAUUUGGAACGUGGACUGAACAGACUAGUUCUUCUGGCAAACGUUAUUACUACAAUAGUGCUACAAAUAUUUCGCAAUGGGAAAAGCCAACUGAAUGGAAACAUGCAGAGAAAUUACGAGCUACUGCUGGGUUGAAAAAUGGUAACGGCAAUAAUGGAAGCCAUCACUCUACUUUACAACAAACACCGAAGACAAAACCUCCGAUUGAGAAUGAAAAAGUUUCCUCAUCAUUACCAUCCAUUCGUAUGCCACAACAUCAACAACCACAACUUCACAAGCAUUCCACACCUACAGGUUCAACAUCUACUCCUUCUUCUACUCCUCCAACUUUUCGACCAGGGACAUUACCAAAUUUACAACAACCUUUUAAACGAAUGCCAGAAAAGCAAAAUUCUCAACUGUCAAAUACACCUUCAACUGUCAAACCGCCCCAACAAUUGUGUAAAGUAGAAAUACCAAAAACUUUAGCUUCCUCUCUCUGUUUUACACCUUCCACUUCCUCGACUUCAACUCCAUUACCACUUCGAAAUAUUCCAACAUGUUCAUCAUCUGCACCACAAACAGUGACAGUAAAUAGUUCUUCAACUCCAUCAUUUCCUCAGCAACAGCAAAAAAGGCCGAUUGAAAAUUUUUCUUCUUCAGCACCAGAAAGCUUUUGUGAAGAGAAAUACUCCAAAUUUUGGAGAGCAGAUUUGUCAGGUAGUCGACGUGCUAUGGGCUUUGAUUCUUUUGCUUUUGAAAUGAGAAAAUCUGCAGAUAGGCAGGCAAAACAAAUGGCCGUUAUUUUUGCAUUGGACAAAGAUAUUCAUUCAAUAAAAACUCUUGAAAGGACAGCUCUUUUGCGUACUUCAUUGCUUAAACAAAGAAUUGAAGCAGUUAGACAACGCACCCAAGAAUUAGAAUCAAAACCACAGUGA